AUUUGAGACAUUUUCUUCGGCUUUCUGCAUGAGGUUGGUCUCCAUAUUGCACAAUAUAUUUAGUCAUAUCUAUCAGCGUUUGCUCAUUCCAAGUGCUUGCAGACUAUUCCACAUCAACUUAUUGCAUUUACACUGGAAAUUAUUCUUUUUCAUUACUGUUGGAGAUCCUUUACAUACUAAUACGUUGAGUCAUUUGUUCAGUUUGAGCUCUUACAUCUUAAAUUACAGUACAACUUGACAUCCAUCAUGGACACACCCCAAAAAUCUGUCCUGUAGCUAUGUAUAGACGGAAACCCUCUGCAGACAGUUUUUUUGAAGAGCACAUGUAAGGGUUCUUCUGCUCCUCAAAGCCAAAAUGGUGAAGUAUGAAGUGAUUGUAACCACUGCAAACCUUGCUCAGGCCACCACUACAAACAAUGUCUUCAUUAAGCUGGUGGGCACAGAUGGGGAGAGUAAACGCACAUGGCUCACAAGCAUUAAAGGGACAGCCACCUUUUACCUGGGAGCAGAGUCUAACUUUUCGGUGUCCUGCCCCACCUCUCUUGGAAAGCUGGUGCUGAUUGAGGUGGACAAAAAGCCUCUCCCACUGUUCCCUGAAGACUCCUGGUUUCCCUGCAAGGUGAAAGUGAAGUCCCCAGAGGGAGACAUCUACAACUUUCCCAUCUACCGCUGGAUCGCUGACAAUGAGGUUCACCUGUUCAGAGAAGGAACAGCUCUAAGAAUCUUUGACGACAAUCAUCAUCUUGGCAAGUACAGUAGAGAGAAGGAGCUGAAGCAGAGAGAGCAACUGUAUAGCUGGGAUGUUUAUAAAGAGGGACUACCUCACUGCAUUAAAGCAGACAACCCUCUUUCUCUGCCUUGUGAGGUCCGCUUCUCCUUCACCAAGACUACAGAGUUUCUCUACACUGCAUCAACUGGGCUGACAGAGCUGAAACUGAAGGGACUCUCUGAUUGCGAGAAGAACUGGUCUGACAUUGAUGGUAUUCGCAAAGUAUUCUGCAACAAAAAAAACGACAUAUCAGACUAUGUCCAGCAACACUGGACGGACGAUGCCUUUUUUGGCUUCCAGUAUCUAAAUGCUGUCAACCCCUUGUUGAUCCAACGUUGUACAGCCCUGCCCAAGAACUUCCCGGUCACUGAUGACAUGGUUUUUCUCCGCGGUGGGAGCAGCUUAAGUGAAGAAAUGCGGAAAGGCAACAUAUUCCUGUGUGACUACAAGCGUUUGGAUGGAGUGAAAGCAAACACCAUCAAUGGGAAGAAGCAGUACUUGAUGGCUCCUCUCGUCCUGCUCCACAAAACCCCUGAUGAAAAGCUGAUGCCGAUUGCUAUUCAGCUGAAGCAGACUCCAGCAGAUGACAAUCCCAUCUUCUUUCCUACUGAUUCUGAGUACGACUGGUUGAUGGCCAAGAUUUUUGUGAGAAGUGCAGACUUCAACGAGCAUCAACUUAAUGUUCAUCUGCUGCGCACUCACCUGCUGGCUGAAGUGUUUGCAGUGUCACUGCUGCGCAACAUUCCCAUGGUGCAUCCACUGUACAAGCUCCUCAUACCCCACACUCGCUACACUCUGCAGAUCAACUACUUGGCUCGACUUGUUCUAAUAUCUGAGAGUGGAGUUUUCACACAGUUUGCAGCCUCUGGUGGAGAGGGUAUGAUCACAAUCCUGAAGAGAUCACUGUCCUCACUGACCUACAGUUCCCUCUGCAUGCCAGAGCACAUUGCUGAGCGUGGGCUGGAGGGUGUACCAAACUUCUACUACAGAGAUGACGGAGUCAAGCUUUGGGAUAUCACCCACAGGUUUGUGAAGGGAGUGCUUGGCCACUACUACAAGACUGAUGCUGAGGUUUGCCAAGACUCUGAGCUGCAGAAAUGGAUUCAAGACAUUUUUGAACAUGGAUUCCUCUCCCAGGCAUGCACAGGAAUCCCUCAAACCUUUCGCACUGUGGCUGAGUUGGUCAAGUUUGUCACCAUGGUGAUUUUCACUUGCUCAGGCCAGCACUCGGCUGUCAACUCUGGACAGUAUGACUAUGGUGGCUGGAUGCCCAACACUCCCAUCUCCCUUCAGCGUCCUCCACCAACCACAAAGGGGACAACAAGCGAGGUCACGAUGCUGCAGACAUUGCCUGACGUCAACACAACAGUGCAGGGCAUGUCCACCAUGUGGCUUCUGAGCAAGCAGUCCUCCGACUUCGUCCCGCUCGGCCAGUAUCCAGAUGAGCAUUUCUUUGAGGAGGUUCCCUGCACGAUGAUAAAGCACUAUCAAGGAGAACUGGAGAUUUUAAGUACAGUGAUCAAAACCAGAAACAAGAGUCUGGAAGUCCCAUACACAUACAUGGACCCUGUUUUGGUGGAAAAUAGUGUUGCUAUUUGAAUAUUGCAGUGAAUGAAGGUUUGACCUCAUUCAUGACUCAGACUAUGGACAGUUUGCUGAUUAAUCAUCUCUUUCCCCCCACAGGGUUGGUGUCCUCAUGAGGAAAACCUAAUUAGCCUAAUUAGUCUUUCAACUUUCCAGUGAUGACUUUUCAUAUUGUCCUUAUACCGUAAUUGUCUAAAGCUCAUUUUAAACCCUCUCAUGGCAACUUUGCCAGUGGGCACUCUCAAUAAAUUUAAACAUUUGUAUGCAAAACACAACACUGCUUAACACUGCUGUGUUAGCAGUGAGCAAAUGUAACAAUCCAAGCAUUUUAGCAACAGUUCUGCUUGCUCAGUCUAGGCCCUUGUUAUAUUUUUGCCUCAAACUGAUCAGUCUUGUAUAUUCCAUUGUCUCAUUUAAUUUUCUUUCCAUAAGAUUCUGAUAAGCAUUUAUGUACCUACACCUGCCCUAUCAUGCAAUGUAACUUUACCAAUAAUAAAAUCAUAUUCAAACGACA